AUGGAGGUUUCAAUCUACACAAACGCCACUGUACAAAGGCCGUCCUUGCUCAACCAUAACAGCGUCAACAUUGAAGCCGUAGCAGAGCUUGUUCCUGUUGCUCUCCUGGUCACCAUUGCAAAUGGCUUGGUGCUGGUUUUAUUUAAAAAGAAUACCAAGCUCCGAACAGCAUCAAACUAUGUCCUUUUCAGCCUGGCAGUUUGUGACUUCAUGACAGGGAUCAUCAAUAUUCCCCUCUUUAUAAUUGAAUCGCUCACACCAGUUAUUAAGUCGUUUGAGGUUCGAUAUUACAUGGCCAUCCUGCAAUUUCAAAUCAGAGAAAACCGUCGGGAAACACCUUCGUUGCUUUGGAGACCGACAAUCUAUGAUCGUCUUCGACAAGCCGCCCUCGACAAAAAGUGCUUGGUUCUUGUUGUUACUAUGGCCACAAUCUUUCUCCUUUGUUGGUUGCCAUGGUACAUCGUGAUGUUGUUAUACAGAAUAAUGAACGAUGUUAAGGAAUUGGAAAUCCCAGCUCACGUGUUUGUUUUAGUUAGAUAUGCUACUUCUGUUACAAACCCUGUUUUGUAUACACUUUUUAGGCGAGAUUUUCAGACGGCACUGAAAUUUCUCUUUAAGAUCAAGCGAUUCAAACGGCGCUCGAGAGCAAGCGAUGCAGAAACACUUCAAAUAAAACAUCGGCACCGAUAACAAAUGAACGAUGACCUCACGACUUCUUGUAGCAUUUCAGUUGUGCGACAAAUGUACCGUCCGGCAUUUACGUUUGUCUUUUUGAAGAUGAUCACGCUUACUUACUUCUAUCACAAUGACCGACAAUCAAAGGAGCUGUGCUUCGACACAAAAAGGUGGGAAAAGCGUUUUACUUUGUAAAAGGCCUGUCAAGUUGACAAGGUAAUGAUUAUUGCCGUUACCUGCGACAACUUUAAGGAUUUAUGAUAUAUCAGAAAAGAUUUGUGGAUUUGAAUUUCUUAUCAGUGUCUCGACAAAUUCAGUGUUAACUAUUUUUGGUUGCAAUAAUAAACAUAUG